AUGUCCACAUCAAGAGUGAAAAGAUCUGGUACGAGGAGACUUGUAACGAAUGCAACUUUAAAACCUUUCGACGGCAACGGGAAUUCAGAUGUCAAGCAGAGCAAAGUUACGCAGUACUUUUCCACCGUUCAACGAGGCUCAACAACCAGCGUAAAGAGACUGAAACUCGAAGCACCAACAACCGAACAGGAGUCUGUUUUUUCGUCAGUUGUUCCGGAACAAGCGAUAAAGAGUGAGAAAUUUGAUAAACUAACGACGAUUCUGUCGGACGUUAAAACAGAAGAUGAUCUUGAAAAAAGCAUUUGCGCUGAG